AUGGAGUCAUAUGGUCUUGUAAAUGAUGACUGGCUUACAGUGCUGUAUGAUGAAAGACAUAUGUGGAUCCCGACUUAUAUGAAGCAUUUGUUCUGGGCGGGUAUGAAGACUACACAACGUUCGGAGAGCAUAAACAGCUUUGUUGAUAAAUAUGUAAAGCGGGACACUCGUUUGUAUGAGUUUGUAGAAAGAAAGGUAUUGCGAUGCUAUGGAGAAUUGGGUGAAUUCGGAGAAAACUCUGCAAUGAGGGUCAAACAUGUCCUUACGAAUUUCCCUUUUGAAAAGGUUUUCCCUUUUGAAAAGGGUUUUCAAAAGGUCUACACAGAUGCUAAAUUUGAAGAAAUCCAGGAGCAGUUGGAAAGGCUUUUGUAUGUUAGCGAUGUUUCCAAAACAAAGUUGUUAAAUAAUGUUGUUGAGCACUCUGUGGAAGAUAUAGCAUGGAUCUACCUCAAAGACCAGAGGAAGGAUUCCUAUUAA